AUGUACCUUUAUCAAUCAAAUCAAGAACUGGUAAAAUCUGUUAAUUUGGAGAAACGAGCCGUGGGAUCAGCAGCUGGUUAUACAAUUGCAAUUAUUUUUGUUAUUAUAGUGGUAUUCUUCACUAUUGGUCUGGCAGUGGGUGUUUCGAAUAAAGCUAAAACUAGAAGGCUUCAGGAGGAAAGAGAACGGGAAGAACAACAAAGGCAGGAAACUACACAAUCAAAUGGUCUAGUACCUAGGUCAACAUCAAGGAAUAAUGAACCAAAUGAAAAUGAAGAUCCUACUAAUCAAUCAGAAUACCCUGAUGAUCUUGUACCUCCAUAUACAGCUAAAACAAAUGAAAACGAUAUGGGAUAUUUUGAUGAUGAUGGUGUUUUCCAUGAAAAUAUAGAUGCUCUUCAAGUACCUCCAAUGGCAUAUAUUAGACUGAAUGAAAGAUCUUUUGGUGAAGAAAAUGAAUCACUAGCUAGUUCUCCAGUUCUGCCUGAUCAACAACAACAGCAACAACCGCCACCACCAAGAGUCACACCAAUGAUGUUACGUACUUUGCGUUACUGA